CUGCCGGCGGUUGUCCUGCAUUGCAUUUGUCGCUGAAGUAUGACCUCAACUGUGGCUGCCGGACUCUUUCAUCCCUUGUAGAAACGUAAACAUAAUUAAUUAUGAUUGAGAGAAAAUCCAAAAACGACGCAGCGAUGUGACAGGAGGAUUUAAAACCAAUGAGGCACAGCAACACCACCACCACUACUACCACCAUCAAGUCGUCAUCGGUGGCUCCAGCCAGGUCUUGCCCGUGCUGCUGCACUUAAACUGGGGAGGAAACCCCGAGGAUCACGGCCUUUUGCCCGGAUGACACCCGCGGUGACUGACUGUACCGCUAAGCUAACCAAUGUCUUCAUAAGGGUUGGAAACAAGAGUGAGGAAAUGGCGUGUUGGGAUUUUUCGUUGCUAGGAGUGUUUUAGUGGUUCUUUGCUGCCGGAUGGACGCAACGGGAGUCGCUGUUGUUUGGGCCGUGAGUGACAGUUUAAAGAGCUAAAGGCUCCCCCAGGCAUGAUGGAAGGUCUUAACAGCCAGGCAAUAAGCUUGGACCCUCGCAAGCAGGAGUUACUUGAAGCUCGUUUCACUGGCGUCGGUGUGGCCAAGGUAGCUAUAUAUAGUUCGGCCAACAGUGAGUCAUCAAGCCAGUCUCUUUGCAGCAUGGGGUCCCUGAGCGACAAGGAAGUGGAGACACUGGAGAAGAAGGCCGAGCAGAGAAACCGCAAGAGAAAAGGAGACGUGUAUGACAGCAACAGUCCAGGAAAGGGAAGAGGACACAAAGCUGGUGAUUAUUUUGAGUUUGCUGGUAGCAGUGGGUCUGGGACCAGUCCGGCCCGCAGUAUUCCCAUGCUGGUACGCUCCUCUUCCCAGCACUCACUGUCAAAUCCUUCGUUCCAGCAAAGCAGCCCUUCAUCGGCAGGCUCGGCCCACACAGACUCUUCAUCAUGCAGCUCUGUGAAGGCGGCCCCCGCACACUCGUGCUCCCACAAAGCCACCCAGUCCGACAUGACGCUGCUAAAACUGGUGGCGCUGGAGAGGAACAAGAACAAUGACCUUGAGAAGAAAGAAGGGAGGAUAGAUGACUUGCUGAGGGCCAACUGCGACCUGCGGCGUCAGGUGGAAGAGCAGCAGAAGAUGUUGGAGCGCUUCAAGGAGCGCCUCAACAAGUGUGUGAGCAUGAGCAAGAAGCUCCUCGUUGAAAAGUCGAAGCAAGAGAAGAGCGCUUGCCGGGACAAGAGCAUGCAGGACCGUCUGCGUCUGGGCCACUUCACCACAGUCCGCCACGGCGCCUCCUUCACCGAACAGUGGACAGACGGAUUCGCCUUCCAGAACCUCAUCAAGCAGCAAGAGCGCAUCAACUCGCAGCGUGAGGACAUCGAGCGGCAGAGGAAGCUCCUGGGGAAAAGGAAGCCGCCCCCUGUGGUCCAAACGCCGCCGCCGAGCAUGGAGCACAGUAAACGGAAAAGCAGGAGCAACGGCCAAGAGACUGAAGCCCUCUCACUAGCGGAGUACCAUGAGCAAGAGGAGAUAUUCAAACUCCGAAUUGUUUAUCUAAAAAAGGAAGAGGCUGAGACCCAAACAGAGCUGGAGCGCUUGGAGCGAGUCAGGAACCUCCACAUUCGAGAACUGAAGAGGAUCCACCACGAGGACAAUUCACAAUUCAAAGACCACCCGACACUAAACAACCGCUAUCUGUUGCUACAUUUACUUGGAAGAGGAGGUUUCAGUGAAGUUUACAAGGCCUUCGAUUUGACCGAGCAAAGGUAUGUGGCCAUUAAAAUACACCAGCUCAACAAGAACUGGCGAGACGACAAGAAGGAGAACUACCACAAGCACGCCUGUAGAGAGUACAGAAUCCACAAAGAACUUGAUCACCCUCGGAUCGUCAAACUGUAUGACUAUUUCUCUCUCGACACAGAUUCGUUCUGCACAGUCCUGGAGUACUGUGAGGGCAACGACCUGGACUUCUACUUGAAGCAAAACAAGCUGAUGACCGAGAAGGAGGGUCGCUCCAUCGUCAUGCAGAUCGUCAACGCACUGAAGUACCUCAAUCAGAUCCGGCCGCCCAUCAUCCACUACGACCUCAAACCCGGCAACAUCCUGCUGGUCAAUGGGUCCGCUUGCGGCGAGAUCAAAAUCACCGACUUCGGCCUGUCCAAGAUCAUGGACGACGACAGCUACAGCUCUGUAGACGGCAUGGAGCUCACCUCCCAAGGAGCAGGCACAUACUGGUACCUCCCCCCGGAAUGCUUUGUCGUCGGCAAGGAACCUCCUAAAAUAUCGAAUAAAGUCGACGUUUGGUCAUUGGGGGUCAUCUUUUACCAGAGCUUAUAUGGACGCAAGCCGUUUGGUCACAACCAAUCCCAGCAGGACAUCCUCCAGGAGAACACCAUACUUAAAGCUACUGAGGUGCAGUUUCCUCCAAAACCAGUAGUCACCGCUGAAGCCAAGAGCUUCAUCCGUCGUUGCCUGGCGUAUCACAAGGAGGACCGUGUGGAUGUGUUGCAGCUGUCAAAGGAACCCUACUUAAUGCCGACUCUCCGAAAGACCCUUGGCGCUACUGGCGGCGGGGUCGCUGGCGGGGUCGCCGGUGGCGGCGGCGCACCUAUGGCCCCUCCCUUUGCCUCCACUUCUAGCUGCUACGGCAACAGUGCCUCCAACUGAAGGAUCUUGAUGAUUAUUUUAAUGAAUGAUGAUGAAUGGGAAAUGUGAAGAAACUGAUGACAUGGGCACCCGAGUCGUUUAAAAAAAAUCUACAAAAUGAAGGGUGGACGCCAAAGAUGGGCCCCGUGUGCAUGCAGUAAUGCUAUGAGUAAUUUCAACGGGGGUUAUUAGCGCCCCAAAUUUUUUUGCACAAAAACAGCAGGCAGAAUCACGUCUGCUCUGUGAAAUCAGCCAUUUAAUAUCAGUCAUUAGAAGUACCACACAUGGACUAUUACUACAAUGACUGAAAACCAAAGUAUAUACAAAAAUGGGAAAAGGGGAGGGAUGCUUUUACUAGCAUUAACACGAGUAAAUAACUGGAAUUAUUUUUAAUUAACCCACUCAAGGUCCACUGUUUACUUCAGAAAGGGGAAAUAAUAAUAAUAAUAAUAUCAUGUACAGCUGCUUAUUGUUUUCAAAGAAACACGGUAAGUAAGUAAGUAUUCAGCAAUAUUACCGUUCUUGUACUCGUCUUAUAUUGGGUCAUGUUGAGCAGGGGUCCCCCACCCACGGACCUGCAUGGGCGGGGGUCAUCAUACAUUAUCGCCAUCUUAUUUAUAUAAUGUAUUAUGUAAAAACUAAGACAAAUGAAUACAGAUCCACCAUCCACCAGUACAAGCCUGGACCUUAUUUUUCAGAGAGAUUAUUACAUAAUAUAUAUGAUUGAUUGUGGCACAUAUUUCAAAAAGUACCGGCUUCACCCCCUGCACACGGUCCGGUGGUUUGGGGGGGGACCCCUGAUCUAAAGCAGUGGUUCCCAAACAUUUCAGUCAUGUACCCCCCUUUACUCCUGCACAAUUAAAAAAUCAAAUCCACACAAUGAAAGAGCUUGGAUAUAUUAUGAAAUAUAUGACACAUUUAAAAAAAAUUAAAAAAAAUGUAUUUUUCAGCGGCUAAUUAAAAAUGGAGAGGGUUUUAGACGGUAAGAUAAGGUUUGUUUUCUGUUAUGGUGACUUUAUUUGGAUAUACAAGGUCAGUGAAAAUGAUGUGACACAUUUGUAGGUUAAAUAAAAGGCAAAUCAA